UUGUAAUCUUCACGGGAGUUGGACAAGCAUGAGCUAGCACUUCGCAUCAGGAAGCUACUAUUUUCAAAACCAACAACAACUUCUAAUGUCAGAAAUUGUGAACCAUACGCAUACCUACCGCGAAGAUGCCAUCAUCUGAUUUUGAUUAGACAGUUUCAAGAUUGUUCUACGAAAGUAGCAUCAGAUGAAAACGACGCAAAGGAUACCUGUUGGAUAAACAAGCCUAGAAGCCAACCGUUGUCUUCUUUCAUCUUGUUUCGCCUUUUGAAGUCGUCGGGAUGGCCAGCCACUUUCGCAGCUACAUCUGGGACCCUGUCCUCAUAGUCUCUCAAAUUGUAUUGAUGCAGUGCAUCUAUUAUAGUUUCCUUGGCCUGUGGCUCGCGGGUGUUGACAGCCUCGUGCAGACAAACAGAUCUCUCGACCAAAUAUUCAGCUAUGAGGUUGUUGGGUUUUCUACUCCUCAAGGCAGACUGUCAAUGAUGGCAUUCCUCUUAAAUUCACUGACAUGCGCUCUCGGCCUUUGGUUCUUCAUUCGGCGCGGCAAGCAGUGUCUGGACUUCACCGUGACUGUCCAUUUCUUCCACAUGAUUGGCUGUUGGGUGUACAACGCUCACCUGCCUGCCUCUCUGGCCUGGUGGCUGGUCAACGUGGCCUGCAUGGCCCUAAUGGCCGUCAUUGGGGAAUACCUGUGCAUGCGGACUGAGAUGCGGGCUAUUCCCGUUAACACAGGUCCCAAGUCAAACCUCUGAGGGAAUCAUUAGCUGCAUUCUCUGCUUGGACUGGAGGGGGAGCUGGGAGCUGGGAGCCGGUUGCAGUUAUCAGUCUUGUCUGUUGCUGCACUAUCAUGGACUGCACUUGACUGAAUUGACUGGGAUGGACCUGGAGCAAAGGUCCCUUCUGUUCUGUCAGAUUGAAACGUUACGUCAGAGAGCAAAGAAUGCACACGAAAUCAGUGAUUUAUGGAUUCUGUUGUGUUUUAUUUAUUUUUCACUCACAUUAUGAGGUGGCUGAAAUGUUAACGUUGUGUAAUGUGACGGUUAUGGAUCCCCCCCCCCCCUAAUUUUGACUUCAAUUAGAACAAAACUGUCAUGUUUGAGGGAUCUGUGCUUUCAUUCAAAGUUUUCUUUAAGCUUGUAUCAUUUCGAGGCUCUAUGAGUUUCACACCAACACGGUUAUUCUUGGACCAGGUUCUGCUGUUUGUGUUGAACCCUAUUAAGUAACCAAGUUGUAGGCAAGGAUGCUUGACCCUGACUUUUACAUUUAUUUUGUUUGCCUCAUCAUUCAUACUUCUUUAUGAGUGUGCUUCAUUUGCUAUAAUGAGUGGUUACAAUGUCAAACAUAAAGAAUUGAGAGCUUACGUUUUGGCCACAAAAGGAUACAACUGAAAAGUAUUGGAUGCUAUCGGUCAAGCCGAGCUCACAGCCUCGGCUGAAUACCUGCAAGGGGAUUGUAAACUGAGAGCAUUUGGUUGUUCACCUGGUACACAGUUUUGUGGCUGUUUGAUUCUCCAUCCUUUGUGAAUUGUUUUGAUAGGUAAGAAAAGUAUUUAAUUGAGCAGAAAGUCAUAAAUACUUGGGUGACCUCAAUUUUGUAAAUAAAAUUAAUUCAUAUGUGCA